UUGAAGCUCCUCUUUGCUGCCUCUUUGACGGAAGAAACAUGGCGGCGCGCUGCCUGCAUGUGAAUACAAACAUGAGAACAGUAACGACCUCCGGAGUGUAACCGUGUUGAGAUAAAACUUUGGUAAAUCUAGUGUAAACAGAGGAAUAUUUUACACUAUGGCUCGGCGAGUUUGUGAGGUGUUUUUGCGGCGGUCUUUGUGCUUUUCUAGCCUGUCAGUACCACUGGAGAAUGUCUCACCUCGUCUACACACAGCUCUUCAUAGCUGUGCUGUCAGGAAAGCUGCAUUUCGCUUCGUUCCGGCCUGUUUCCUCUCCACCGAGAUGUUUGUGGAUAAACUGAUGAGAGAGCAAGUGCUCAGUAUGGGGGAGAAUCCUCCUGGAUCUUCAGCUCACGCCGCUGUUCCACCUGAUAAAGUUGAGCACUUUACGCUAUUGCUGAAAGAUCCAGAUCAGCCAGAAAAUCCAAAGGUUUCAAGAGUGGCUGUAAUCGGUGCACCGAACGCAGGAAAGUCAACGCUGACCAACCAGCUCCUCGGCAGGAAGUUGUUUCCAGUCUCCCACAAAGUCCAUACCACAAGAUCCCGUGCGCUUGGAGUGAUCACAGAGGACGACACCCAAAUUAUCCUGUUGGAUACACCUGGUCUUACUACUCCCUCUAAAGCUAAAAAGCAUCAGCUGGAAAAGUCUUUUCUCGUGGAUCCGCUGAAAUCAUUACAAGAGGCAGAUUUAGUGGUGGUGGUGGUGGAUGUCUCAGACAAGUGGACUCGCAUUAAGCUGGACUUCGAGGUGCUAAAGUGCCUGGCUUUUAAUUCGCAUAUUCCCGCCGUCCUCGUCCUCAACAAGGUGGACCUGUUGAAGAACAAACCCUUGCUGUUGGACGUUACAGCAGAACUGACUGAAGGAAUUGUGAAUGGCAAAAGACUGAAGGUGCGAAGUGUGGUGAAGCCAAUCCAAAAAGACUUGGGACAGAACCUAAAAGAACAGACCCAGAGCCUGGAGGCUAAAGCUGAGGCUGAGGAGGAGCAGGGACCAACGUUUGAGAGACAGACCCAAAGAGGCCUGAGCAGAGAGCAGCUGAGGGCUUUGAAGAGUCGCAAAGGGUGGCCUCACUUCAAGGACGUGUUCAUGAUGUGCGCCACAGACGGCGAGGACGUGCAGACCUUAAAAGCGUACAUCAAGGCAGGUGCAAAGCCAGGCCCGUGGCAAUACCACCAUGCAGUGCUUACAGAUCAGAGCCCGGAGGACAUCUGCAACAAUGCAAUUCGUGAGAAGCUUCUGGAAUACCUUCCUCAGGAGGUUCCUUACACCAUAAAUCAGCACAUCGAGUUCUGGAGAGAGACUGGGGAUGGAAAAUUGGACAUAUCUGUCAAACUGCAUGUGAAAAAGGACAGUCACAUGAAAAUGGUGAUCGGUCCCGGGGGGCAGCUGAUUGCCAGAAUAGCCCGGGAGGCCGGGAUAGAUUUAACGAAUGCCUUCAUGUGUGAGGUUCGGCUGAAAAUAUCUGCUACGCUGAAGAACUAAACUGGACAGUACAUCAUCAGCCCCUCGUCUGCCAAGUUUGUUGGGCGCAUUUGCAGUUUCUAAAAAUUGCCUACAAAUUUUAGCUUGGGUUUUUGGACUGCCAAAGGACCGCCUGUUUAUGGGACUGCAGUUUUGAGUCCAUCCUUAUAAGGCUGCAUGAUACAGACAUUGCAAUCAUUUACAUCAGCAAUAUGCCACCCAAGCAAUAUGCUGUAAAAACCAGCUCUGAGCUGUUGCCCGCACAGACUCCACAAGACGUCCGAAGGAGUCCAGUGGUAUCUGGUUCCAGGACUUUACCAGCAGGUCCUUCAACUACUGAAUGUUGCAUGGUGGAUUGACCAACCUUGCACUGUGGUCCCAUAUACACCGAUCAGCCAUAACAUUAAAACCACUUUCUUGUUUGUAUACACACUGUCCUAUUUAUCAGCUCCACUUACCAUAUAGAAGCACUUUAUAGUUCUACAGUUACUGAAUGUUGUCCAUCUGUUUCUCUACAUACUUUUUUUAACCUGCUUUCAUCCUGUUCUUUAAUGGUUAGGACCCCCACAGAGCAGGUAUUAUUUGGGUGGUGGAUGAUUCUCAGCACUGCAGUGACACUGACAUGGUGGUGGUGUGUUAGUGUGUGUUAUGCUGGUAUGAGUGGAUACGACACACCAGCGCUGCUGGAGUUUAUAAAUACCGUGUCCACUCACUGUCCACUCUAUUAGACACUCCUACCUAGUUGGUCCACCUUGGGUAAAAGUAUGUAUAGAAACAGAUGGACUACAGUCAGUAAUUGUAGAACUACAAAGUGCUUCUAUAUGGGAAGUGGAGCUGAUAAAAUGGACAGUGAGUGUAGAAACAAGGAGGUGGUUUUAAUGUUAUGGCUGAUCAGUGUGUGUAUGUGUAUAUACUGUAUAUAUAUAUAUAAUACAGUAGGCACAGUAAAGACAGUCGCACAUUUAGGUCGGGGUGAAAAUCAUUCUGUUUAUUAAUGUAUGACAAUUUAUGGCUAUUAAAGAUUAACAAACGUCAAUAGAAACUCAAACAUCAAUAAAUGACAUGCACUGAAAUAAACAUUUAAUGCUAUUUGUAUUUUAAUAAAAAUAUAUAAUAUCAAAA